UGAAGGACAAAUCUGGUGGAUUAAGUCGCAGGCAAGCAGAACUUGAAGUUGUCAAGCAGAGAGAAGCGGAUGCCAUGGCAAUUGCACUAGGUCACAAGAAGUCAGCUGCCUUCAUUCCUUCAGGUGCUCUUUCAAAAUCGGAGAUCGCUGAGAUGUGCAAGAGAGGCUCGAUUGAACGAGACGGAAAGUGGGUUGACAGAGUGGAAGGAAUGGGAUUUACAAGUUCUCGAGCGGCUAUGGUUGAUGUAACAGUCGACGCCGAGGCACAAAAGCGUGGGAUAUCAGUUUUCCAAGAAGGAGGUAGGGAUUCUCCAAAGGCAAAGAUCGGUUCUAACGAUAACCUGAGUGAUCAUCAGAGUGAGAUGAAAUGUAGUGGCUCCCACUUGAAGAAUGAAAAGAAACACAAGCACAAGAAAAAGAAAGACAAAAAGGAAAAGAAGUCGAGCAGGAAACACAAGCAUAAGCACGAGUCGGAGUCCGAUAGUGAGACAUCAAGACGAAAGAAGAGAAGGCGACAUGCAAGUAACUCUGAUGACCGAUAGUAAUGUCUAUAUUGUAGUCUGUAAUAGUGUAUAAAUUCUAACAAGUUGAAUUCUAUUAAUUCUA